UAUCGAUAACGAGUUCUCUCAACUCAACUAAUCUAGUUGAUCGAGACCGCUAUUAGCCUUCCAGGCUAGCGUGUGAUAUUGUAUUGUUGAGUGAAAUCAGACACAAAACAUGUGUGAAUACUAAGAACACAAUUAAUACUACGGGGGUAUUCUUUUGUGCAAGGAAAUUAACUCCAAAAACAAUAAAUAUAGCCACUUCCUUCUUCAGGGCAUGCCAAAAACAAAAUAGAUCCGUUCUCUGACACCUCUUUGGUUGAGUACUAAUACUGCUUGAUUACAUGACCACGAAAAAAAGAAUGCAUAACUGUGCCUUUCGCCAAAAAAAAACGUUUAUUUUAUAAUGUUCAUAUACACUGAGUUUAUCAGUUUUAUUUAUCCACUUUUUUUUUGCUACUCGAAAGCACGUUCUGAACGUUCAGUUGUCCAUGACUUUUAUUUUCAAUGUCAUGACCCAUGUUAUUAUAAACACAUUACUUAACUUCUUUCCGGUCAGUGUUGCUGCAGUCACACUCGGGAAAAGAAACCCUGCAACAUGUUUUGGUUACUAAGUUCGUUAUUCUUGCUGGCAUCUAGCGGCAACGCCGCUAGUAACCACAAAGCGGUACUGAAAAGUCAAUUGCAAGCCCAGAUUGAGUGUAAACAAUACCUCCAAUUUGUCGGAGGUGCCUGCGAAGAACGCUGUAAACUACUGGUGCUUCGUUCCUGGAAUGAUUCUACUGGAGUUGUGGGUCUACCAUUGUCACGACAUUACCCAGCUAUUUAUGUAAACGACAAGAGUAUUGUUCGCACCAACAACUGUCUACAGUGCAAUCUACGAGAAAUUCCGCAGUGCGAUUCUUGCGUUCGAGCCUCCAUAUCACUGAAUUGCUUUGAUCGGAGUUACGGAAGUGCAUUCCCAUCACCACAGCUAGUACCUCUUCCGGACUUACUACAUCUUAAUGUGAUCAGACAAUGUGCACAAAUGCUCCAGAUAUCUCCUCGAGAAUUAGCGGUGUACGGAUCGUCGGAGUUUCUGUUGAAUCAAAAAGCCAGCUGCCUGAUGCGAUGCAUUAUGAUACGUGAGGGACUGUACGACGAUGUCCGCGGGCCAAACAACGAUCGGUUAUACGUGCAGUGCGGUGGUUACGGUACAUCCGAGGAAGAUUUCAAACGUAAAAGUCAACAGUGUGUCGACCGGUUGAAGACUACUUGUUUAGAUAACUGCACUCUAGUCGCGCGAAUUACUAAAGAGUGUUAUCCACCGGGAGCAGGCCUUUUGGAUUUGAUUCUGAGCCUUCUAAGUAUACUGGGACUCUCACUUCCUCUUGGAUCUUUACCCAGUCUACCCAGCCUACCCGUUACUAUACCUACAUUACCUACUUUGCCCACUGUUCCUACUUUACCAACGUUACCAACUAUCCCUACGUUACCUACUAUACCAACAUUGCCCACUAUUCCUACUAUACCAACACUACCCACUGUUCCCACGAUACCAACGUUACCCACUGUUCCUACUAUACCAACAUUACCUACUGUUCCCACUGUACCCAGCCUUCCAGUUUAGUGUUAUAAUUUGAAUAAAGAUUGUUUUGUUUCAGAAUUUAUUGAGCGUCACAGCAAUUGUCCGUUCUUCCGAACCGAAAAACAUUAGAGGGUUUCUCUUUUUAGACUUAACACAGUGUAUAGCUCUGCCGCACCCAAAGCAAAUCGAUUGAGAAAGGAAUAUUAGUUUUAUAUUUUCUGAUUUUCUGAUCUGCAUUACCCACUAGAAUCAUAGGAAUGCUGAUGUGAAU